AUGUCUGCAUAGUCAGUGCUGACAAUGAAUAGAGUUUGAAGGUCCUGAAUUAGAUAGGUUAGAUUUAGAUUGUAUACGACUUUCAAUAUUUUUGAAAUACUUGUGUGUUAAUGAUUUUAUCGGCUAAAUACACAAGUAUCAAUUUCUGUUAAAUUAUGUAUCAGAAAUUGCCCAUUUAAUUUCAUUAUGUAUCUGAAUUAAACUUUUUAUCUAACAAUUGCCAGUUACUGUUUUAAAGUUUUCUACACGUUUCUGAACACGUAUGUCAAAAAUUAUUUAAAACAUCUUAAAUAUCAUACAUUUUUUUGCGAAUCUGUAGCAGUUUUAGAAAACUACUAAUAUCUAUUCGAAAGAAAAACUAUUAAAAUGUCUGUAUCAUACAUACAUCAUUUUAUAAAUAUGAAAUGAUUUAUAUAACCUUCACAUUGCACAAUUAUCAAUAUUAAACAGUUGGAAUAAAUAUAUGUUUGCGUAAUACAAAUUAUAAUGGUUAUACCAUUGCGAUAAGCAUAUAAUUGUACGUAUCAGGAAGAAUGUAAUACUUUUCAUUAAGUAUGAUAAAUUAUACGAAAAGUCAAAAAAAAAUGUUAAUUGCUCAUAAUACGUAUGUAUAAUGAGUGUCCAUCAGUAAGAAUAAAAAAUUGUGUGUUUAAAUACAAUUUAUAUAAAACUAUUAAAAUGUAUAUCCAUAAAAGAAUUAGAUUGAAAUUAUUAAAGCAAUUGAUGGUACAAAUUAAUAUGCGUGUAGCUGCAUCCACGAAGAGUAAAACGCAUUAUGAGACCUUGGGGAUACGUCCAAAUGCUACGCAUAACGAAAUAAAAUCAGCAUAUUACAAAUUAACGUUAAAAUAUCAUCCUGAUAAAAAUAAAAGCGAAUCCGCGAAACACAUGUUUCAAGAAAUUUCGAAUGCAUAUACUGUACUUGGUAACUAUCAGACACGUAAACAAUAUGAUAGAACUGUCGCAGUUAGACAUGGAAAAGUAAAUGUAGUUUAUAAACCGGUUUAUAGACCAAAUAAUGUUGCACAGAGCGAAUCGCCGAAGUACAAAGUUUAUGAUUUCGAUGAAUGGACUCGUCAACAUUACCAGCAAACAUUUGAAAGUGAUAUGCGGAAGAAAUGGAUUAAAGAGCACUUUGCUAAAGCUAAACAUGAACAACCCAGACCAAAGGAGGGCAGUCAACUGCUGGUGGUGGUAAUUUUCAUUGGAUUUUGUUUAAGUAUUUAUUUUAAACCGAAAGAAGAUUAUGAUAGACCAUUAGAGAAAGAAACGAAAUAAUUAUGAAUUUUAUUCUUAGUAAAAUUAUUAAUUCUUUGAAGAAUAUAAGUUGUUAAUAUAGAAGUGCAAUUAAAAAUAGUUGUACAGACUGUCGCAGACUAUAUUUUAUCAGUCCCUUUUAACAUUACAUAUAUAUUUAAUUCCUUGAUUAGUAAUAUGUGAAAGAUUGAAAACCAAAGUACUUUAAAUUUGUGUUAAAUUGAGACAUUGUAUAACAAUAAUGAAAACUUACUGAUUAAAUGGAAUAUACAUUUAAUAAUAUCAAAUAAAAUGCGAAUAGCAGUACAUGCUAAUUGUACAUAUGUAAAUAGUAAUAAUCUAGAUGGAAAUACUAAAUAAAAAAAAGGUGUGAAUAAUAUAUUAAGUAAAAAAUGUA